AUGGUUUCCUUAUAUAAUCGUAUGCUGCUCUCUUUUGUGCGCUGCUUCUGGUUUAACCCCCGCUCAUUCAUGCUCUACUCGUUUUGCACCACAGACCACUCAUCCGUCAACAUGAAGGUCCUCACUCUCACCAUUAUGGCCAUCGCUGCCACUGCCCAAGCCAGCGCAGUCUUUGAUGAUUCCGCUCGUGGUUCCGACUCUGAAUUAUCUCUUCGUCGUCUGCCUGCCCUUGUCCGCCUCCCUCCCCGCCGUGUCGAUCUUGUCCAGAGGAAGAAGAAGAAGGAGCACAAGAAGCCCGAGGAGGUUAUCCCAAAAUGCGCUCUUCCCUGCAUCGAAGCCUAUAUUCUGAAGCACACCAUGUGUGAGUUGGACAACUGGAAGUGCAUCUGCAAACACCAUGAGGUCAAGGACGCCGAUGCCAGCGCCUGCUUGGUCAACAAUUGCGGCAUGACCAACACCAAGAACAAGAUCAAACCUACCAUAAAGGAGUAUUGCAAAGAGUGGUAG